AAUAAUAUCAGACAGCAAAAUGAUAUAAACACGCUUUGGUAGUUGCGCAGACGCGCAGUUCGCGUUGAGAGGCUAUCGAAUUUGGUUGUAGUAUAGUCUAGACUUUAGUAGUGUGAUCAGCAUUAUUAUUUACUUCCUUCGACUAUCGCGUAUUUGUGUAGCGGCAUUCAACAUCAGCUCAACAAUUCAAGUCCUUCAGCAUAUUCAAAUUGUGGAUUUUUCUUGUGACAAUUUAUCGUCGCUACGAAAUAAUAAAAGCGAUAUACAGUACAUCAUGAUUCUUUCGAUUUUUUUUUUAGCAAUAUUUAUUGUUAAACUUGAUUGCGCUCAUCCUCAUCCGGUGCAAGUCAGUGACGAGGUUAUCGAAAUCGAAAAACAAAGGCUAGUCAAAUUUCCAGACGAAAUUGAACUUCGACAAGAUUCUGCAGCCAACAGUACCGAUUCAAAAAAUUCAAAUAUUGAUGAAGCUCAACGCAUCCUACAAGAAAUUGAAAAAAUUAAUCAUGCAUUGGGAUAUAUUCGCAAACAAUCGGAGCCAUCUAGGCUUCCGCCUAUUUUAGAUUCAAGUCAGUACUUAUUCCCAAAACCAGCUGCACAACCCUUUCAUCAGCAAAACCAUCAAACUUCUGGCAUGAAGGGAGGUACCAUUUUAAUUCCUUCUAUUAGGUCAAUAGCCCUUCCGCGUCAAUAUAUAACAUCUUACUCAAUCUCUAAAGGCGUGGAGAAUAUUGGAUCUUUACGUCAAUUACAAACCGCAAAAGACAGUUCAACAAAAAAUUAUAAAUAUGUUUUUCAACCAAAUGAAGUAGUAUUGCCUGCGCUCCACAGUGGGGACAAGCGACAGAAGCUGCCUACACAUUUUGCAAUACCCGUGCGUCUCUAUAGACUUAAUAAGAUGGAAUAUAUAAAUAAGAAUGCACCACAGCAAUUCGGUGUCAAAGGAUAUAAAAUAGUUGGUGAUGUCGAUAAUUUUUAUGGCAAGGCAAAGCGAAAAAUUAAAGAAACAAAUGAAGCAAAGGCUGAAUUAUCAACAAAAUAUCAUCUAUUUUUCCUUCCACGUGAGGUAGCUACGCUGAAGGAAUUAGAUCAAGACAUUUUCAAACUCUCCCGCAUGAGAUUGGAAGCGAAACAAAAUUCACAAGAUAAUAAUUCUAGAGAGAAGAAAGGUGUUGGUAUUCAAAGGCCCUAUAGAAUACAAACUACAGCAACAAGUAGUAUCAGCGAUAUUAGCUCUAAUGCAAAUGUUACAACACAAAUUGUUCGAAAACGUGUUAUACCGAAACCAUUAAGUGAAGCGGCAGAACAACAAAUUGUUUUAGGAGCUACUAACUCCUUCAAUAAUAAUAACAAUGCCAAUUCGAAUAGUAAUAUGAAUCUCAAUAACAAUCCAACAAUGCAUAACAACCCAAGUCAAAACACGAAUCAAUUCAAUGCAAGACCCGGUAUUUUGAAAUUCCCCAACAUUGCGAACAUUGCCCGUCCAAACGAUCACAAAAACACUACUCCUGGAAAUUCUAUUAAAAACGCUUUUCAAAAUAUUUUUAAAUUACCAUUUCUUCAGGAUAGCAAACCUAAUAUGACGGUGGGCGAGUUGGGGCAAACUCUACAAAUGUCCACAAAUCCUUUUUUUACAACACAAGCCAAUCAGCAUACGCAAACACUUUACGAUAUGGUUGGUUCAAAACAACCCCAGAAAGGAAGUGAUUACCAAUGGGAGGAUGAAUCGAGUAGUAGCGCCUCCGAAGAUGAAGAAAUUAAUUCCACUGAACAUGAGCAAAAACACAUAUUCGGUAAUCAGCAGAAUGGGGAGCUAAAAACUCAAAUGGAGGCUGUUAAACAGGGUGGUAUUAUAAUUCAACGCCUCAAGGUACGAAAAGGUGGCAUUGCCAUUGCGGGCCCUGGCGGUGUGGCGACUGCAGGGAGCGGAGGCACAGCUAUUGUUGGACCCGGAGGCUAUGCGCUUACACAUCCUCGUAGUUUAACCAUUGCUGGGCCAGGUGCCAAGGUGAUUGCCAUACCUUCCAGCGUUGAUCUAAAAGAAGCGUUACAAAGAACUAAUCUGCACGAUCAAAUUAUUCCUAGCGAGGGCAAAAUUGUUGCUACUGGUCCAACUGUGUAUUAUUCUCCACCAACAUAAAUUCACACAAGAUAUGAGAAUGAUUACAAGUUAACUUACAAAACUAAAGAUUAAAUAUAACUAUAGCAAUAAUUUCAGACAAUACGGUUAAAUAAAUUUUGUAUUAUUUAAAAUUA